GAAAUGUCGCACGGUCAGAAACUCUGACUUAUUCAACUCUCCUAAUUGAAAUCACUCGUCCUUUGUUUUUCGCCUCGAACAAUAAGUACGACGACCUGUCACAUGUCAACAUGGCAAACGAAUAAAAGAAGCCGAACAAUAAACCACUCAAGGCCUACUCCAAACCCAAAUCGGAGCGAAUAAAAGACCCAGCAAGUAAACCGAACAGUAGUCCAUGAAGUUAGCCAGUGCCUUCUGUCAGUUUAAGUUGGUUAGGACUAAAAAAUCAGCGGAGAAGUUUAGUAACAUAUUCUCUACAGAAUUAUUCUCAGCAAACAGCCAAAAUUUGGAGACAAAAGUUAAAGGCAAAAUUAUCAGUUUCUUUUUGAUCUUUUCAUAUCAUUUCUAUACGCUAUGGCCAAGGCAACCAAGCUGCGAUUCGCGCUGAUCACCGAGGACGUUUUGGAGAGGCUGCGGCGUCGAUCGCAGUCGGAGAACGCGCGAUCGAAGUACAUGGAGGAGAUAUACACCUCGAUUCGGACGGCGGUCAACGAGGCGGUGGACGAGAAGCUGCAGCAGCUCAGCUCCAGUCUGAGUGCCGUGAUCGAGGACAAGGUGUCCCAGGCGCUGGAGCAGCAGGGCACCAAGCGGCGGGUGGCGGGGGGCAGGUGUGGCAUCCCAGAGGCAAGGAGGCUGGAGAAAAGGGAGAGGGAAAGGGAUUCCAAGGUGGCAGCCAUGCCAAUUGAGCAGGUGACGACUCAUCGAACCCCGAGGCGCCAGCGUCACUCGAAGAGGAGCAAUCAAAUGCAGGAGCACCCCUCCACCGCUUCGGAUGAUCUGCUGGCGAAGAGAACGCGUUCGAGGGUCCAGAAGAUCACCGUGAUGCCCAUCCAUCGGGAGAAUCCGGCGAGGAGCUCCCCCUCGAGCAAAACCCCCCCUCUGCAGCCAUCGCCGACAUUCACGCUCACCUCGGAUCGCAAGAACCUGGAGGAGGAGGACGACGAGGUCGACUUUUCGGAUGUGGAGCAGCCGUCCAUCCUCACGCUGGCCGCCCAAUAUCUCAAGAAGAUCGAGGACUCGCGACGCCGCAAACAUCACCAGCACUCGGACCAUUAGCAUUCUCUAUUUUUGUAUAAAUUGUUCAAGUCCUGGCAAUCGGAGUCUUGAGUCCUGAGUCUUGGGCUCCAAUUGGCACAAUUGCAGUGGCCUCCUCCGCGAGUUUCUUUAUUUUUGGGCACAGCGAAGCUUCCAAAGAGUAAACGGACAUACUUACAGGACGAACCACUCAAGAGUUGCAGCUGGUCGGAGCCAAGGGAUGGAUUCAAAAUGUGGUACUUUGGAAUCUAGUUAAAUUUAUAAAUGUUGUGGAGCUUUGAGCGUUUAAAUCGAUCUAAUGAGUGGCAUCUAAAAAAAAAUAUAGUAUAAGAAAAGGCUUGCAAUUUUUCAAUUUUAAAAA